AUGGCCAACAUGAUAAUGAGGCAUACGACUAUUUCACCAGUGAAAUCAAGAGUAAACGAUUGCACCGAUCUCCUGAGCUUAAAUUAUAUUUCUUCGAAUCCGGUCAGAAAGGGAUUCGAAUAUUCGAGCGAAAACAAUUUCCAGUAUUUUUCAAGAGCUGGAAAUUCUUCAAAACAUUCUCAUAAGAAAUCUUUCGAUUUUUCAGGCAAUAGCUUUGUUUCUGAUGAUCUAAAGAAUAAAGUACUUUUUAUUUAGAUUUCAAGUCUUUUUGGUUCCCAUAAACAAAUUAUGAAUGAGCUAUUAAAUGAUAAAUCGUCUUAUAAUCAGCUUGAUAUUCAAGAAAAGUUGAAAGAAUUGAGCUUACAAAAUUCCAAAUUGGUAUUGGAAAAUAUUGCAUUGAAAAAGAAAUUAUAAAUAAAUAGGCUAAAUAGAGGCUUUAACUUAAAAUUAAUUAUUUAGAGUUUUAAGGUGUCCCCUGGUCGACAGGAUGAUUAUCGAAGCUAAAUGGGCUCACCCCUAAAGGUGCAAAACUAGUGAGGUCACCGAGCAUAUCCUACGCCACCUCUUUUUAUCGGGUGAAAGACUACCUAAACAAAUAGCUAGCAAGCCUCCACACUUCAUGGGUAGCGUUGUCUCUCCUUUCUUCAAGUUGACUCCUAAUUACCAUGGAUGAGCCGCCAAAUUAUUUUUGAUAAAAAGUUCACUGUAAAACUGAACCCCAUAAAUAAAAUCAUGAUAGAGAAAAUAGCAGAGCUAACUUCUCUUAAACUGAAUGCCAUUUAUAUUUAUAUGCUAAAUACAGGCAAAUUUUUUAAAGAUAAUUAACACUUUUAAGGAGUAAAUAGUAUAGAUAUACAGAGAGGAAUGCUUAAAUCAUUCUAGAACAGCAUAGCUAAUCAUCAUUAUUAA